ACCAAAGAACAGUUUUUAAUAAUGGUUGGAUUUAUCCUAAUGAAAUUAAAGGGGGUAGAACUGAAUACAAAGGAGUUAAGAAUAUUGAUGUUUUAAAAUAUAAACUUUCAGAUGUUGAUAGUAAUUUACUGCAUCAUUUGGAGUCAUUAUAA